GCACACAAAAAACAAAAAUUUUGAAAGUUUGUUUACUUCGAUCGGCUCAGCCACAUUUUGAACCUGCGAAACCUUGAGGGCGCCCGUGUUGAAUUCGCUGUGUGGUUGGUUGUCUGGAAUCUUCCUCGGCCACACCGACACGAUGGUUGCAACAGAGAAGGAACAGCUGAUGGAAUUGAAGGCCUUCGUUGACCUUUGCAAACAGAAUCCAGAGAUAUUGCACAAGCCGGAACUGUCGUUCUUCAAGGUGUACCUGGAAAGCCUCGGCGCCACGAUACCUCCGCCUCCGCAGCACGCCCAUCCGAUGACACCGGAGGAGCCAAAGACGGAGGAAGAAGAGGAGGAGGCCACGACGCCCGAGGACGUUGAAAUCGAGACUCCUGAGAGUGAAGAAAGUGAAGUCGAGCUGGACAGGUCUGGUUGCGUGGAGCCGGACGACGACGAGCCUUUGGAAUGUGGCGAUAGCAGUGUCGAAGUCACGGAAGAAAUGAUGGAUGAGAGCAGCGAGAAAAGGGCGCAGGCCAUGGAAUUGCAGAACGACGGCAAGUUGGAAGAAUCAGUCAAGGUCUGGACAGAAGCAAUCCUCAAGAACCCCACGUCGGCAGUACUGUUUGCCAAACGUGCAAACGUGCUGUUGAAGUUACAAAAGCCCAAUGCUGCCAUACGUGAUGCCAACAAGGCCCUUGAGCUCAACCCUGACCAGGCGUUGGCCUACAAGAUUCGAGGUCGAGCCAAUAGGCUUCUCGGAAAUUGGGAGGAAGCGGCUCACGACUUGGCUACGGCUUGCAAGUUGGACUACACGGACGAAGCCAACGAGUGGCUAAAGGAAGUCACACCCAAUGCAAAGAAGCUCCAGGAACACAAGAGGAAGUGGGAGAGGAAACGGGAGGAGAAGGAACUGAAGGCGCGGGAGGAGCGGAUUAGGAAGGCAAAGGAAGAAAGGGAAAGGGAAUACCAGAGGCAGAAGGAACAGGAAGAAUCUGGUAUUCCUGGUGGAUUCCCUGGCUUCCCCCCCGGCGGACCUGGUUUUCCCCCCGGCGGGAUGGGAGGCAUGGGCGGAAUGGGUGGAAUGGGAGGACUCGGCGAUGUCUUGCAGGACCCCGAAAUUAUGGCUGCCUUCCAGGAUCCGGAAGUAGCCGCGGCCUUCCAGGACAUCAGCCAGAACCCUGCCAACCUUGCAAAGUACCAGUCCAACCCGAAAAUCAAGAACAUCAUGGCUAAAAUGGCUAGGAAAAUGGGCGGUGGCCCACAGGCACCACCACUGUGAGGCGCUGCCUGUUGCGCGUGUGUCUGAAAUCAAUUUUUGGAUUUCGUCGUCUUAGGGCAUUUCCCUCUCGCAUAUUUUGAUUUUUUUUUUCGUUUGUUUGUUUGUUUGUGUCACACGAAACACGCGGCAGCGUCUGGUUACGGAAAUUAAAAGCGUUCCAUUCCAUAAUGCUGUGGCAGUGAGAUAACCUUGAAGUCAGUUUGUAUGGCGAGUGCCACGUAGCGAUAUGUUGUGCCGUUUUGGUAGUAGUAUUCUGCCCCCACCCCGAAGUGUAUGGAAACUAAGACUGGAGAUAACCUUAACAGAACUGUGUGCAGAGUGUAAGGCUGCCAGCGGAAUGCAUGCGUCUCUGUGGUCUAAGUUAAUUGGAACAGGUAACCAGCUGCGAGCCAUAGCAGAAGUUUACUACAAUAAAGACGUAUUAACGUGC